UUAACUUGAUCCUCAGAGGGGAUCUGUCUCCUUCAGUCCACAUUACUUUUCUUUCAUUUUUUAACUUCAACGCAAAAUGAGUCAGUUUAAACAAUUUUCAAAGUCUGGAGGCUUUAGCUCAUUCUCUGUAUCAAGAGGCAGUGGUGGAGGUUCUGCAGGGUCUGUUGGAGGUGGCUUUGGUAGCAGAAGUCUUUAUAACCUAGGUGGUAGGAAGACCAUUUCUAUCAGUACUUCAAAUGCACAAAGUGGAUUUGGAGGUGGAGAUGGAGGUUUUGGCAUAGGAUUUGGUAGUGGUGGUGGUGGUGGUGGUGCAGGUGGUGGUUUUAUUGGAGGUAGAGGAGCAGGUGGAUAUGGAUCACUUGGAGGUCAAGGUUUUCCUGGAGGCCCUGGUAUCCAAGAAGUACAAGUUAAUGUUGGUCUUUUGACACCACUGAAUUUGGAAUUUGACAAAGAUAUUCAAAAAGUUAGAGUGGAGGAACGAGAACAGAUCAAAACCCUAAACAAUAAGUUUGCAUCCUUCAUUGAUAAGGUUCGUUUUCUUGAGCAACAAAACAAAGUAUUGGAGACAAAAUGGAAUCUUUUGCAAGAACAAGGAGGACAACUGAAAGGGUCACGUAAAGGCAGCAUCGAACCUCUCUUUGAUGCCUAUAUCACUAGCCUAAAGAGGCAGUUGGAUGCUUUGCACAAUGACAAGUUUAGACUUGAUGGGGAGCUAAGGAAUAUGCAAGACUUGGUUGAUGAUUUUAAGAACAAGUAUGAAGAUGAAAUUAAUAAGAGAACAUCAGCAGAAAACGAAUUUGUUGUUAUCAAAAAGGAUGUUGAUGCUGCCUACAUGGGUAAAGUGGAACUGGAGGCCAAGGUUGAUGCCUUAACUGAUGAGAUCAACUUCCUGAGGACCUUCUACGAAGCAGAGUUACAACAGUUACAAGCACAGAUCUCUGAUACCUCAGUCGUCCUUUCAAUGGACAAUAACCGAGCUCUAGACUUGGAUGGCAUCAUUGCUGAAGUGAAGGCUCAGUAUGAGGAUAUUGCUAAGAGGAGCCGGGCAGAGGCUGAAGCUGUUUACCAAGUCAAGGUUAAGGAAUUGCAAGCAUCUGCAGGAGAACAAGGGGAUGUUUUGCGUAACACCAAGAAUGAGAUAUCCGAGCUGAACCGCAGACUCCAGAGACUGAGAGCUGAAAUUGAAAAUGUGAAAAAACAGAAUGCCAAAUUGCAGACAGCUAUUGCUGAAGCAGAAGACCGCGGGGAUCUCGUCCUGAAGGAUGCCCACACAAAGCUCUCUGAGCUGGAAGCUGCUCUGCAGAAGGCCAAGCAAGAAAUGGCUCGCCAACUGAGAGAAUACCAGGAGCUGAUGAACGUGAAACUGGCUCUGGAUGUUGAAAUCGCCACCUACAGAAAACUGCUGGAAGGAGAAGAGACAAGGCUGGCCUCAGACAACAAUGUCAGCAUUUCUGUGAUCAGUGGAAAAUACUCUCAAGGAGCCGGUGGCAGCAGCGGUGGAGCCGGUUUUAGCAUUGGUGGUGGAUUUGCAAGUGGAGGAAGCGGAGGAAGUUCCAGUGCUAUAUUUACUUCAGCGAGUGGCGGUGGAGGAUUCACCUCUGCUAGCCGCAGCGGUGGCAGCUCCGCUGUGAGGUUUUCAUCCAGCCAGUCAAGCUAUAGAAGUUAAAUUUUAGUAGCAAGGCAGCACUGCUAUCUGCAAAAUAUCUCAACGUGUAUGGCGUAAAAAUACAGAGCCUUGAAAUUAUGAUAUUCUUCUGACCCCAUCCUUGCAUUCUCUAAAACUCAGCCCUUAUUUUGAAUUUGCUGUAUAACCCCUUAAUGACAAAGCCCUUACAUGUAUGGGCUCAAAAUGCAUUGUUUUCAAUGGGUUUAGGGGCCGCCCAUUGUCCUUAAGGGGUUAAUGAACAUCUUAACAGGAACAGAACCUCAGAGCACUAAGGGAUGCAAGUGAUGGAUUAAAAUCGGUCAAAAGAACAGUUACAUGAGAUAUCCAAUUUUUGUCCUAAUUGCCUCACUUACUGGUUUUCCAACUAAAUAAAGAGUAACACCAUGAUAAAUGAAAUUUGUUUUAUCUUGACUA